CCCACUUUUCUCGCGCUUGCAGUUGGCGAUGAGCGCUGCGGCCUUUGGAGCGUUUACCGCGGCAUCUGUUGCUGGACUUGCAGCCAAAGUUGCUGUGGACAUCCGGCGGUGGUCUCUCCACCAAGGUGGCCAGUGUGGAAACGCGGCGAGCCGUGCAGCAGCUGUAUGGGAUGCUCCAAGAGGUGGCUCUGUCCCUCGAGGCAACGGUGCCCUCUUUGACCGUCGCCAUGCCCCCGUUCCCCAGCUUCUCUUCCUCGGCCAAGCCGGCUACAUCUACUCGUUCGAGAACACUCGUGUGCUCAUUGACCCCUGGUUCUUCCAGGCGUUCACCUCUUGGUUCCCCUCGCCAAACAACCGAUUCCUCCUCGACACGGUGAUCGAGUCUGACUUUGACUUUCUGUUCAUCUCGCAUCUCCACGAGGAUCACUUUGAUCGGACGGUCCUGCCCAAGCUCGACAAGAGCAUCACCAUUGUACUCCCGGCGUACCGGUCCGGCGGCCUUGAGGAGGAGCUUCGCGAGCUCGGCUUCAGCUCGUUCAUCAAGCUUGGCCACGGCGAGUCGGCCGAGCUGGCGCCGCGGCUGACGGCGACGGUCUACCUGGACGUCUCACACAAGGAGGACUCGGCGAUUUUCCUGCAGGCGCUCUGCGGCGACGGCACACCGGCGACCUUUUUGCACCUCAACGACUGCAACACCCGGCUCUCGGAGCUCCCGACGAACGUCGACGUGCUCUCGGUCCAGUUUUCGGGCGCAAUGUGGUACCCCAACUGCUACGCGUACUCGCCCGAGGUCGAGGCCGAGAAGACGCAGCAGAUCCGGACCAUGCUCUACGAUCUUCUGGUGAUGAAGGCCGAGGCGACCCAGGCCAAGGUCUUGCUCCCGGCGGCGGGACCGCCGGUCUUCCUCGACCCAGCGCUCGAGAGCUACAACAACGGCGAGACGACAAUCUUUUCCCGUGGUCGGCCAUUGCUCACGAGUUUGCCGAGGCCAUGCCUGAUGUUGUCGUCCACCACCUCACGCCCGGCGACGGCCUCGCCUUUCCCGACGCCCGCCUCGCCUUUGACGGCACCCGCGACGAGUGGAGCAUGGCCGAGUACCGCGAGGCGCGCGCGCUCGAGAUCGCACAGCCCGGCGGCAUCGCCGUCGAUCCGGCGGCCGACGUCAGCGUCGACCUGGACAUGCUGCAGGCCUACUUUGCCGGCCUGCACAAGACCAACAAGCACCUCGUCACCCUUUCAUCGUUCCGCAAGGUGUGGCGGUUGAUUGCCGAGCCGGCGCGCGGUGAGCCGACGGCCUACGUCGUGGCCUGGAACGCAGGCAUCAAGCCCACCGUCGUGACCCAGGCGGAGUGGCAGGCGUCCGACAACGAUCGUCCUGUCGAGUAUUCGCUCUGGGUGCCCGAGUGGCUCCUUCGCGCCAUUGUGGCGCCGCUUCCGGGCUCGAUCCCGCUCGGGUGGGAGGAGGCGCUGCUGUCGAACCGCAUUCGUCUUGCCCGCGACCCGGACGUCUUUGACCUCUACUUUAUGUCGUACCUCCGCUACGGCAACCGGCCGAUCCAAACCGAGGCACUCGUGGAGGAGCGCAAGGUCUCUGAGAUGAUCACGCAUCCAGCGCUGCCCAACGUCAAGUUCCAGCGCUACUGCCCGCACGCCGGCGAGGACCUCACCACCGCCGUCGUCUGCAACGGCCUCAUCAAGUGCCCGCGCCACGGGUGGACCUUUGACGCCAAUACCGGCGAGUGCGUCACCGGCGGCAACAUCAAGCUUAAGGUCGAGCAUCUCGAGUGGUAAAGCAACUACGGCAAUGG